GUUGCACAUACAGAGGAGAGAGAAGCGAUAAAAGGUUGUCAGAGAAGUGUCGUUCGGGUAAUGGCGCGUGCUCUUCGGCUCUCGCCGGGAUCGAGAACAGCGGGAGUCACCGAUGCAUCGCUUACCUCGAUUGUUUGGUAGCCGUAGUAAGAAGGACGAGGAGUCGAUGGACCGGAACCCCAGCCGACAGAAACCGAAGCUGGAACGGAGGAACGCCGUGAAGAACAUCGACUACGAUCCCUUUGGCAGUUCUUCGUCGCCUCCCGGUGAUCUCUCCCCCACUCUGCGCGCUAGUCGCUCACUCGACGUUGGCUCUAUCAGUAACAAGACUAGCUUCCGAGUUGAAGGCGCCGAAGAGAUCAACGAACUCUGUCGGAGUUUGGGGCUUUCCGGUCCGGAUGACUUCGCGAUUCCGACGGCCGCGUGGGAGGCCCGGAAGGCCAGGUGCUCGUCCGAUGUCUUGCCAAGGUCUCGAUUGAGUAAGUUUGUGGUUGAUGUAAAUGAGAGGCCAGUGGAACCAGCUGAUGAAGAGGAAAAAGAGAGGGAAGAUGGUUCGUGGCUUCGGCCCCCUGAUCGGCUUAGAGCUAGUGAUGAAGAUGCGGACCGGUCGACGGGAGAUCGUUCAUUUCGUUCAGUUCGCUCAGAACCUCCUCCUGAAGUAGAAGAAGAAGAGAGGGAAGAUGGCAGGUCAAUCAGGGUUUCAGCUAGGGUUAGAGCUAGCAAUGAAGCUGUGGAUCGGUCGAGGAAAGGUCGUUCGGUUCGUUCAGUUCGUUCGGUUCCUCCUGAAAUACAGGAAGAAGAGAGGGAAGAUGAUUUGUCGGCUAGGUUUAGAGCUAGGGUUAGAGUUAAUAAUGAAGCUGUCGACCGGUCGAUGCAAGAUAGUUCGGUUCCUCCUCCUGCAGUAGCGGGAGAAGAGAGGGAAGAUGGCUCGCCGAUUAGGUUGUCUACUAGGGUUAAAGUUAGUGAUGAAGCUUUGCAUCGAUCGACGGAAGAUCGUUCGAUUAGUGCUCCUCUGUUUAACAGCCGGCAUUCAGUUCCCUUGGGCUCUCAUGGUUCUCCCGGCGGCGGUGGUGUGGGAGGUGGAGGAAUUAAGGGGGUUCGACCUCCGGUGCUUGCUCCUCCACCGGCCAUGUCGCAAAAGGUUGAUCAUAUGAAGUCUGCGUCAACUUGGGAUAUUUUUAACUCUUUUGCACCUGAUGAUAGAGGUCCUUCACUGUCAAGUCUUGUAGAAACGAGCUCCUCUGAUGAAGAGAAGGAUGAUGCAACAUCUGAAGAAGAUGAUGAGGGUGUUGUGACAGUUGAUGCCAAAUUAGUAGAACAUGUGAAGAGACUGAGUGAUACUACUGGUUUAUCUGAGUCUUGUUCGUUUACGACGUCAAACGAUGACGAUUCCUCCAGCACGACCACUGAUCCCACUUCUAAUAAUAUUUCGCCUGCUCUAAGAACCAGACGUACCAUCAUGUCGUGGCAACGGGGCGAACUUCUCGGUAGUGGUUCUUUCGGAACUGUCUAUGAAGGGAUCGCUGAUGAUGGAUUCUUUAUAGCUGUUAAAGAAAUUUUGCUUGAUCAAGGAAACCAGGGAAAUCAAAGCCUUUAUCAACUUGAGCAGGAGGUUGCCCUUUUAAGUCAGUUUGAGCAUGAGAAUAUAGUUCAAUAUUAUGGUACAACAAAGGAUGACACAAAACUCUAUAUCUUCCUUGAGCUUGUAACACAAGGUUCACUUGCAAAGCUCUAUCAGAAGUAUUGUUUGGGGGAUUCCCAAGUUUCAGCAUACACAAGGCAGAUACUGAAUGGUCUCAAGUAUCUCCAUGGUCAAAAUGUCAUUCACAGGGAUAUCAAAUGUGCAAAUAUAUUGGUGGAUGCGAAUGGAUCAGUUAAGCUUGCUGAUUUUGGAUUAGCAAAGUCAACCAAAUUGAAUGAUGUGAAAUCAUGCAAAGGGACUGCAUUCUGGAUGGCGCCUGAGGUUGUUAAGAGUAGUGGCUAUGGACUUCCAGCUGACAUAUGGAGCCUUGGUUGCACUGUCUUAGAGAUGUUAACUGGUCAGCUUCCUUACUCCAGUUUGGAAUGGAUGCAAGCACUAUUUAGAAUCGGCAGAGGUAUACUCCCACCUGUACCUGAUUCUCUAUCUCCAGAUGCACGGGAUUUCAUCUUCCGGUGCUUACAAGUUAACCCAAAUCACCGUCCCACUGCUUCUGAGCUUUUAGAACAUCAAUUUGUGAAGAGACCACUUCUAGCUUCCUCUAUCCCUCCAUCUCCUUUGCAUCCCAGUGCUAGACGGCCUUAGUGAAGUACAAUGACAUAGAUACUUAAUCUUAUUCUGGUAGCAGUUACCGGAGAUAAAGGUGGAUGUUUACAUUCCCAGACCUUGAAAUGUACUGCUCAAAGCCUCAAACAGUGCAAGGCUUGCCUGUGGUGUUUCACUUGGCUCAGAUGGAUGCCGCAAGGAAAUGUGAAAGUGGAAUCCAGUAAAUAAUCUGGAAAACUAGAUGGUUGAGCGCCUUCAUUUUUUAUGUAUUGUUUUUCCUUGGGAAAUUUUUGCAUUGGAGAGGUAUCUGUAUUUUCAUUUUCUUUUUGGGGUUAAUUAUUUAUUGGAAGUGAUUUGUUCGGUAUUUGUGAUUGCUAUUUUAUUUUCCAGCUUGAUAGAGUUAGGUGGAUUUGAGAAAAGAUGAAAUUUGUAAAGAUUGGUUGUAUAAAUUGGAAGUCGGAUGUGUAUAUAUAUUCUACCACUAUCAAAUAUUUCACAAGAAUUCCUUAAUA